GUUCAUAGUAAAAUAAUAAAUCUAUGGCAAAUGUGCUUUCAUUUGUAAGAGUGGUCAGCAUUGCAAGGAAGUCAGCAGAAUCAGCCCCAACAGAUCCUGCAGAACGCUUCUCACUAGGAACCAAAUUCCCUGUCUCUUUGCAGCACGGGCCCUUUUCACGGGUGCACACUGUAACUAGGGAGACGGUGGAUUGUUGCAGACGGGGGAGGAGACUUAGUAUUUGUGUAUUGGUGUGUAGGAGAUGUCUCUGUGAGCCGGGAGACCACACUUCAUUAGAAAUAAUGGAUCAGCCUCCUGGUGGCCAGGAGAGUCCUUAUUAUGAAGAAACACUGGCACGGAGCAGGUCUGGGAGUAGCUCUGCAAACUACUCAAGUGAUUUAUUUGAAUCCACUUCGGAUGAAUCUAGUUGGAAUUAUGAAAGUGAUUCAUUUGAAUCUCUUACCAAUGACCCUGUUCCGAACUAUGAGAGCGAUACAUUUGAAUCAUAUUCACACGUGAAAUCUCAUGACAUUUUGUUUUCUGAAACCACCAGCAUCAUAUCAGAAGCAGAUGAGGAGGUCCCAGACAGGAAUAAUACAGAGAACGACUUAAUUAAGAAAUGGAUAACAAUACUUGUAAAAAGUAAACUUCAAUCUGAAAAUUCUUCAAGACCUCAGCUCAGCCCGGGUGAGUAAAACUUUCACUGUUUG